AUGGGUAUCAACGAGAAUAGUCUACCGCUACUCGACGAUGAUGAGCUCUCUGUCUCGAGUAAGCUGUCCUCGGACAACGGAUCUAGCACCUUUGACCCCACGGAUAGUGAUGAACGCAACGCAGACUUUAAUGAGGUGAAAAACCUCACUCGGAAAGAGAACGAGGCAGUGGAAAUGUGGAGGGAGCUUGUGACUGGAAUGCUGGUCAUCACCGCUUGUUUGGUCACAUGUGGAUCUUUCAUCUACCUGUCCAUCGAUGAGACAAGUAGCUUCAAGACAUCGUUCAACCAAGAUGUCGUUACAAUCGACGACGCAGCUGGAGACGCGCUCGAGCGAACCAUUUCCGGUUUCAAGUCCAUGGGGGAUAAGCUCACCACACAUGCCCAGAGCAGUGGCUCUGCAUGGCCACUGGUCACCAUGCCCUUCUUUGAUAUCCACGGCGAUGAUACUCGAGUCAUCACGCACGUGACCUACUUUUCCGUUUGCCCAAUCGUCAUGGAACCAGAGAAGAGCGCUUGGGAAGAAUACGCGCUCAAUAACCAAUGGUGGCUUGUCGGAAACCAGACGCAUGCCCACACGGAACAAGAAAUGCAAAACCUAUCGGCUGCCGUAGCAGCUGAGAACAGUAUCCCCGAGUACAUUUACAGGGUCGAGGACCGCAAGCCCACUGCGACAAAUGUGGGACCGGGCCCUUACACUCCCCGGUGGCAAAUGUCACCCACGCCGAAUGAUCCCGUUCCAGUCAACUUUGAUGUAGUUUCUUCCAAGGGCUCCAUGGAGUUCUUUGAGUUCAUGAUUGCCAACGAGAAACCCGUCCUUUCCGGCGUUAUCACGGAGGAUUUCACCAACACCGCAAUGCUGCAUCGGGAAGCGGACAUUAUUGACAUGGCACCCAAAAGUUUCAUGUUCUACCCCAUUUUCGAAUCGUUCGACCAAGAUGCGGCUGUGGUGGGCAUGUUUGAAAUCUAUCUAGACUGGCAGCUCUUCUUGGCGGAUCUCCUCCCAGAAGGGGAUACGGGGCUCUUCUAUGUCCUGAACUGUUCCUGCUCGGGGAUGUUCACGUACGAGCUCAACGGUGGCAAAGUGCACUAUGUUGGGAAGGGAAACCUGCACGAUAUCUUCUACACGCAUUUGGGACAAGAAGUUCAGGUGACAACCCGAUGGGAUUCACACAAUGUCACGACUCCCUGCUCAUUCUCCCUGCUGGUCUAUCCCAGUAGCGAAAUGAGGGGGUCAUUCAGCUCCAGCAUGCCAGAAGUCUUCACUGUGAUCAUUGCAGUGGUGUUCUUUGUGAUGGCUUUUGUCUUUUUUUCCUAUGACAAGUACGUCCAAAAACGCCAGGAAAAGGUGUUUAGGCAGGCUGUGAAAACAAACCGCAUCGUGUCGAGCUUCUUCCCAAGGAGUAUCCGUGACAGGCUCUUCAACCAAGAUGGUGGCGAAGGGGGCGAAAACAGCAGCAGGCGCCGUCGAUCUUCUACAUGGGCUGGAAGCUUGCGUCUCAAGUCUUAUUUGAACGAUGGCGACGAUGGAACAAGUGUCGCGGCGGAGGAUGAUAAACCGAUCGCCGAUCUCUUCCCAAACUGCACGGUUCUGUUUGCUGACAUUGUGGGUUUUACUGCUUGGAGUUCCAUGCGGGAGCCAACCCAGGUUUUACUUCUGCUGGAAACCAUCUAUCGGGCUUUCGACGAGAUUGCCAAGCGACGAAAGGUGUUCAAAGUGGAGACGAUUGGGGAUUGCUAUGUUGCUGUGACGGGAUUGCCAGAACCCCACAAACUCCAUGCUCUGGUCAUGGCCAAAUUUGCGAGGGAAAUCAUGUACAAACUUCAUGAGGUCACAAGAAGUCUUGAAGUUUCAUUGGGCCCAGACACUGGGGACCUUUCCAUGCGAGUUGGACUGCACAGUGGACCUGUCACUGCUGGAGUUCUGCGUGCUGAUCGCUUGAGAUUCCAAUUGUUUGGUGACACUGUCAACACAGCUUCCAGAAUUGAAUCCACUGGUGUCCGCGGUUGUAUUCAAUUGUCCAAAGAGACAGCGGAACUGAUAUGCAACUCAGGGAGGGCCCAUUGGGUUAGAGAGAGAGAAGACAAGGUUGAAGCCAAAGGAAAAGGUCAGCUGACGACCUUCUGGUUGUCCCUUGGCGCAGCAUCGUCUAUUGGGGACUCGGGAGAGAAUUUCGCAGAGGAAACUGGUCAAGGGUUGUCCUACUAUGAUAUUCCGAGGAAUCAAAAGGAGAGUGAUCUGCCGAGGAAAACCCGUCGCCUCGUUGAAUGGAAUGUGGAUAUCCUACACCGAGUUCUACGACAAAUUGCAGCGACCCGAAAGGUCAAGGAUAGACAGGUGAAAAGGACCAAAACAUUGGACAAGAAUGCCACCGAAAAGGCAAAGCCAACGAUGGUGCUGGAAGAGCUUGCUGAGGUCAUCCAGUUGCCACGAUUCUCUUCCAAGGUUGCUCAAGUUGUUGCCAACGCUGAAGAAGAACCAGUUCCUCCCGUCGUUGUGAAUCAGCUCCACAACUUUGUUGCAGAACUCGCCGCCAUGUACCAUGACAACCCUUUCCACAAUUUUGAGCAUGCAUCCCAUGUUACAAUGUCUGUCGUGAAGCUGUUGUCUCGAAUUGUGGCUCCAACUGAUCUGGACGUCGUGGAUGACGAAAACGUCAAUGAGAAGGCAUUCAUGAAAUCUGUUGCUUCCAAGUUGCACGACAACACGUACGGUAUCACCUCGGAUCCACUUACCCAGUUUGCAGUUGUCCUAUCAGCUUUGAUCCAUGAUGUUGACCACUUGGGUGUACCCAACACUCAGCUUGUGACGGAAGAGACGGCCACAGCAAUCCGCUACAAGGGCAAGAGCGUAGCCGAGCAGAACUCUGUGGAUGAGUCUUGGAAUCUGUUGAUGAUGCCAGACUAUUCAGAGUUGAGAAAAGCAAUUGCUGCAACUCAAACUGACUGGGAACGCUUCCGACAGCUGGUCGUCAAUUCUGUGCUUGCCACUGACAUUGCAGACAAGGAGCAAAAACAGUUUCGAAACGCCCGUUGGGACAAAGCCUUCAAAGACGACUUUUACGAGGAAGAUAUGGAUGUAGACAGGAACCGCAAAGCAACGAUUGUGAUUGAGCAUUUGAUCCAGGCAUCCGAUGUUUCCCACACAAUGCAACAUUGGCACAUCUAUAGAAAAUGGAAUGAACGCUUGUUUCGAGAAUUGUACAAGGCCUACAAGGAAGGCCGUGCAGUGAGUGAUCCAACAGACUUUUGGUACAAGGGUGAAAUAGGCUUCUUUGACUUCUACAUUAUCCCCCUGACGAAGAAGCUGAAGGAGUGUGGUGUGUUUGGUGUGAGCAGUGAUGAGUACCUAAACUAUGCCCAGCAGAACCUGGCCGAAUGGAAGGCCAAGGGAGAGCAAGUAGUUGCAGAGAUGAGCACGAAAGUCAGAGAAGAGUAUGGGGAAGUGGAUUGCUCCGAGUUCGUAGAUGAAGCGAUUGAUGAACCGGAGCCAGGGCCCGAAGCCAACGUUGAACAGGGGGUGGAUGACUUGGAUGUUAGUGCCUAA